UAAGCUACAUAAUUCUUGCCUGCGUUCUUGUUGUUAUUCGAUUGCAUUAUCUAAUUUUCUUUCGCUCUCCUCUGAGCACAAUUUCGCUUCGUGGGACGGCUCUCGCUGUUAUCGUAUGCCGCUCUUCGUUAUUUUCGUCAUAACGAAAUGAAAUCGCCAGGCGGCAUAUGACAUCACUGCACGAAAAAGGUUUCAGUUACGCGAAAAAUGCCAGACGAUAUAGAUGUACGUCGCUUGAUUGAAGAAGUGAAGGCGCGCCCCAUCAUAUGGCAAGUUCCAUACGGAAUGUACAAGGACCGGGCGGUCACACCUCCGAAAUGGGCAGAAAUCGCUGCAAUACUAGGAGUGGAUGUCAAGCGUUGCAAGCGUAAAUGGAAGAAUCUACGUGAUGCUUAUCGUGCCGAGGUGCGUCGUAUCGACCGUCGUGUGGAGCGUCUAAAGGCUUCUGGCGUCUACGAUAGCUCAGUGAACAUUCAAAGCAAAUGGGCAUAUUUUGAACCGAUGAGUUUCAUUAAUGACACCCGCCGUCCCAGAUAUCCAUCGCAUACUCACAGAAGUGACGACGGUGAGGGCUCGAAUGGCUCACACGACGAACCGCCCGGUUUUCAUAGCAUUUGCGACAUCAAAAUGGAACCACAUCACACUAGCGACGAAGAUGAAUACGAAGAGGAGGAACAAUUGCUGGAACAGUUCGUGAGUGCCGCCACACCGCAAGCUGUACGCCGCCUUUCGAAUUCAAUAUCUGUUGCCAAUGCUGCCGAAGAUGCGACCACAUCUGCCGCCAGUUGCAAAUGCUCGAAUCGUGCUGAUGAUCAGGUGCAUUUUUUGGAGAAUUUGGAGCGUGAAGAGCAGAGUUUAAUGCAGUCGACGCGCAUGGAUAUGAGACGCGACAACAAUACCAGCCAUGUGGGUGAUUCCGAUUACAAUUUUCUUGUUAGCUUUCUGCCGCAGAUGAAGCGCAUGAGUGAAUUGCAAAAUUUGCAAUUUCGUGCGAAGAUGAGUGAGCUGUUGUUGAAUAUAAUGACGCCAAAUACUGGUGGAUCUGUGCAAUUAAUGACUGUCGCCACCUCACCAAGUGUUACGCAAUUUCAACAACAACAAACGCAGCAGCUUCAGUUGCAGCAACAACAACAACAGCCACAAGGAGGUGUUAUCCAAUGUGUGCCAGUGCUGCAACAGCCGACGUUACAGCAAAUGCAAGUACAGCAGACGCCUACACAACAACAGUUCACCACCGCUGAUCUAAUGGACGCCGAGCCAUUGGAGAACAGCAGCAUAAGCAUUAGUAGUGAAGCGAGUGGGGAUAACUCAACUAACUGGACAUGAAAGCGACAGUGGUUUUGAAACUGUACGCGCUUCUCCAUAUAUUUUCGUUUGAUUUUUUACAACAUUCGCAUAAAUAGUGGAUGCAAAUUAUUUCCCAUUAUGAGAUUGGCAAAUAUUUUCGUUUAGUUGUUGUGCUACCAUGGGAAUUUGCAAAUUGCUUUCUAUAUGCCACGUCAAUGGCACUCACUAUAUUUGUGAACUGUAUUCGUAUUUAUGUAACGGGAAUUUUUAGGUGGGGCGCAGCUCUUCCAGACAAAGAGUUUUUCAGUAAUUUUUUGCGAAAUACUGAGCGUAUUUGUUAUCCUUAAAUAAAUGGCAUAUUAAUAUUCACGCUUAAAUGAAUAUAAAAAAAAAUUUUUCAAAUAAAAAAAAACAAAAACAAAAUUGCGGCGCUACAGCUACUCAAACGUGGCUCCCUCAAAUUGCGCCGUGGAUUGUACAGCCCCUUGUAAUAAACUGAAAUCAACCAGACACAAAUUUUUCAUUAAUUUAUUAAUUUUUUAAUUUCAUUUUUUAACGAAACAAAAAUUUAAUUUGGAGCGAAAAAGACAAAAAUUACACCUUUUUUAUAAACAAAUUGAUCAAAACAAUAUUUUUGGUAAUAAUUAAUAGAAAAUUUUAGGUACUUGCAAAGGUCAAUAUGUUAAAGAAUUUCGCUGCAAAAUUUUAAGUUGCUAUCUUGAUUACCUUUUGAGUUAUAUUCGACAGCGCGGAAAAAUAAAUUCAAGAAAAAACGCGUUUGAAGUUUUCGUUCUUAUUUACCUUUCGGUCGUCGCUCAUCACUUCACUGACUAUAUAGGGACCUUUUAGGCUUUCUAUUAAACUUAAAACUUUGAAAAAUAUUCUUUAGAUUCUAUACCUAUGAAUUUUCAAAGCAAAAAACAAAAAUCAUUGAAAAUUUGAAAGUGCUGGAGGAGCUGCCCCCCUUAAGUUGAAGAUUAGAGAGAGUAAAUUUAUAAGUAUUUUUUCCGUUCCAAAUAAAAGUCACGUUCAACAAUAAAACAUUUGCACAGCUAUUUAUUAAUUAAAACUAAAUUAAGCUUACCCUAUCGGUUCUGUGCUUUAAGCCUGUCCAUUUACUUAUGGGUUAUAACAGAAGGCCGAAAAAAGCGAAUUUUUUUCUGAGAAUACUUUUAAGUUUAUUGAUCUAAAAAUUUGUACACCUUUCAACUGUAUUUUAAGACUUAGUAUUAGUAAAAAUAUUUAUUUGGAAAGGAGCUACAGCUGAUCUCCGGAAGCUCCUCUCAACAACACGUUUUGCGGUGACCGCUAUAUCUCUGAACUGGAUCCUAUGAAAUUAAAAAACCAAAGUAAUGUUAACUCUAGUAAUUUAU